UAUAUAGCCCAGGCAGACCCUCCGACCCAUUCCCUCUCAGCCGGAGAACACAACCCUACCAGGACCGCUGCCAAGGGAUUGCUCAGCAUUUAACGAGGGAGAGAGACAGAGAGAGAGAGAGCGAGAGAGAGUGAGUGAGACACAGAGAGAGAGUGAGACAGAGAGAGAGAGAGUGUGAGACAGAGAGAGAGAGAGAGAGAGAGAGAGAGAGAGAGAGAGAGAGAGAGAGAGAGAGAGAGAGAGAAAAAAAAAGAGGAGAGGAGGGGAAACAGCUCUGACAUAUUUAACACAGACUCCCAUUCUCAACAUACUCACACACACUGAGACAGACAGCAGACAAAACACACAGCACAUAGUCUCUGACAGGUAGGUAGACUUCAACACAGACAGACUCUCUGAGACGGACGGCAGGCAGCAUGUUUCUGUGGCGGCUCCCCCAGGCAGUGUGUCUGCUGUCGGUGUGUGUGUCGCUGACCCUUGGGUACGAAGACGAUAUCGAGGUGAACUAUGGUGACAGUUACUACAACGAGAUCACAGAGGGAGAGCCACUGGAGCCCACGGCCACGGCCAUCCCAACCCAAGCCCCCUGUAAGGUGACAGAGAUGACUAAAUGGGACAAGCUCUUCUCCAUGCUGGAGAACUCUCAGAUGAGGGAGAACAUGCUUCUGCAGUACUCUGAUGACAUCAUCAAGGUGGAGUUGGGGUCUCUGCGUGGAGAAAUGCUAAAGUUCGUGGCUCAGUACGGCGGGGCCUGUGGCGUUGCGGUGGAGACUGCUGGACGAAGGAUGUCCAUGCAGAUGGAAGCUCGCCUCAAGGAGAGCCUGGAGCAUCUCAGGCAAGAUCGGAGCAUUGCUGCUGGGAAAUCUGCAGGUAAUUCUGGGAAUAGCCACCAGGAGACGCUGUUACAGCAGCUCCUCACCGUGGCGCGGACACAGGCUUCCCGACUCGUCAAGCUAGAAAAUAUCUGCCUGAGUAAUCCAGGACCCGUAACGCCACCAGAGGCAAAGGGGGAAGACCUGCAGCAGGAUGUGGUGUCGGCAGAGAUGCUGGUUGCCCUGGUGACAGAGCUGGCGAAGACGAGGGCAGUGCUGGAACUAGCGUUCAAGUCGGCACAGCAACGCCACCUGCCUGCAGGCUGUGAGACCGCUCUUCUCUUCCCUAUGCGUUCCCGUCGUAUCUUCUCCUCGGUGACACCAGACCUCCCUCUCUCCCUCUCUUCCUUCACCGUGUGCCUGUGGGCCAAGCCCGUCUCCGUCUCCAACAGAACCGUGCUGUUCUCCUACGGAACCAAACGGAACCCCUAUGAGAUCCAGCUCCUUCUCAGUGGAACCAGGGCUCUCUUCACCGUGGGAGGAGAGGCUCACCUGGUGGAGGGGCGGGGCGUGGCGAGAGGAGGAAUUUGGACCCACAUAUGUGGGGCUUGGAGCUCUGAGCAGGGCAUAGCGUCACUGUGGGCCGAUGGACACAGAGUGGCAUUCACACCCGGGGUGGCCGAGGGCCACGUGUUACCCGAUGGAGGCUCCCUCCAGCUGGGGCAGGAGAAGAACGACGGUGGGGUCUCUGGAGGGUCAGAUGGCAGUGGGAGUCAGAUGCCUGGGUUUGACGGAGGCUUCGAUGCCAAGUUGGCGUUCACUGGGAAGAUGACGGGGGUGAACAUGUGGGACAGCGUGCUGACGGAGGAGGAGAUAUCCCAGCUGGCUUUGCAGGACGGCGAGGGGUGUGAGCAGAGGGGGAACGUAGUUGGGUGGGGCUUGACGGAGAUCGUGCCUCACGGGGGUGCUCAGUUCAUCAACUAACUCUGAUGACGUUUUCAUCAUCCUCAUCAUCAUCAUCCUCAUCAUCAUCAUUUAAAUGAACUCUAUCAUCACCAUUAUAAACUAAGACCUGCAGUGCAGAACAGCCCAACCGGCUGAGACUGCAACAAUAAUGUGAACAUCAACAACAACAACAACAGCAGCUCCCUUUAAUGGUUAAAGAGAAUGUGACAAUAAUGUGCCCUGUUAGAGGAGUGUUUCCUAUUUAGAGAAGCAGGGGAGUGGUAUCACACACACACACACACACACACACACACACACACACACACACACACACACACACACACACACACACACACACACACACACACACACACACACACACACACACACACAGGGAAACAGAGACACACACACACACAGGGAAACAGAGACACACACACACACACACACACACACACACACACACACACAAUCACACACAGGGAAACAGAGACACACACACACACACAGGGAAACAGAGACACACACACACACACACACACACACACACACACACACACACACACACACACACACACACACACACACACACAGGGAAACAGAGACACACACACACACAGGGAAACAGAGACACACACACACACACACACACACACACACACACACACACACACACACACACACACACACACACACACACAGACACACACACACACAGGGAAACAGAGACACACACACACACACACACACACACACACACACACACACACACACACACACACACACACACACACACACACACACACACACACACACACACUUGGUGAGAAGCAUUAGUAUACCGUAGGAGCCUUAGGAGGAGAAGUGGAGAAAACACCAUUUACCACAGAUUUUAAGAGAGAAAGGGAAAGAACAGAGGUGAGAGAGAGAAACAAAGAGCUUAUGUGUGGAAGGAGAGAUGCUUGGGGGAAACUGUCACAAAAACCAGUCUGCAAGGGUCAUCGCUAGAUGGCCAUGCCAGAGGAGGACAACAUUAUCUGUACCAUCAGAAGCUAUGCCAGAGGAGGACAACAUUAUCUAUACCAUCAGAAGCUAUGCUAGAGAGGACAACAUUAUCUAUAACAUCAGAAGCUAUGCUAGAGAGGACAACAUUAUCUAUAACAUCAGAAGCUAUGCUAGAGAGGACAACAUUAUCUAUACCAUCAGAAGCUAUGCUAGAGAGGACAACAUUAUCUAUACCAUCAGAAGCUAUGCUAGAGAGGACAAUAUUAUCUAUAACCAUCAGAAGCUAUGCUAGAGAGGACAACAUUAUCUAUACCAUCAGAAGCUAUGCUAGAGAGGACAACAUUUGUUUUAAAUAUCAGCAGUAUUUAGCAAGUAUGUUACUAAUGGGAGUGUCAGGGUUAAAGGGUAAGGUAAAUGGUAAAUGGUUGAGGUUUGGGUUUAGUUAUUAGGGCGGCAUUGUGGUUAGAAAACGUUGUACCUUGGUCCUCUCUGGCAUGGCUACGUAGUAACAACCAUCUGCAUGAUGCCCUAGGAGAUUGUAACCAUGGCUACGUAGUGCAUGCUGCCCUAGGAGAUUGUAACCAUGGCUACGUAGUAACAACCAUCUGCAUGCUGCCCUAGUAGAUUGUAACCAUGGCUAUGUAGUAACAACCAUCUGCAUGCUGCCCUAGGAGAUUGUAACCAUGGCUACGUAGUAACAACCAUCUGCAUGCUGCCCUAGGAGAUUGUAACCAUGGCUACGUAGUAACAACCAUCUGCAUGCUGCCCUAGGAGAUUGUAACCAUGGCUACGUAGUGCAUGCUGCCCUAGGAGAUUGUAACCAUGGCUACGUAGUAACAACCAUCUGCAUGCUGCCCUAGUAGAUUGUAACCAUGGCUACGUAGUAACAACCAUCUGCAUGCUGCCCUAGGAGAUUGUAACCAUGGCUACGUAGUAACAACCAUCUGCAUGCUGCCCUAGGAGAUUGUAACCAUGGCUACGUAGUAACAACCAUCUGUAUGCUGCCGUAGGAGAUUGUAACCAUGGCUACGUAGUAGUAACCUUCCUAUGACCUUAUAAUCUUACGUUUCCCGGAAAAAAAGUGAAUAUUUUUCCAAAAAAAAUGUUUUUAUCAAAGUGUUUACAUUCAAUCAAUCAAUCAAUCAAUCAAGUUUAUUUUAUAUAGCCCUUCGUACAUCAGUUGUGCGAAGGGCACAUCUUAUCAGAUGUGAUAAACAUUAUAUUUCAGUUGUUUUGUGUUUCUCUUUGUUUUUCCAUAUAAUCCAGAGGAGGUUAUUGUGUUUCUCUUUGAAAUAGGUGACAACAGAUGACACAACUAAGAUGGCGUAUUCCCUGUUGGUUUUUGCGUCCGUUGUUAGACAGAAACACUUGAUUUGAAAAGAGGAACUGUGGACAAUGUUUACAGAAUUUGUUACGACCUAUCUCUGCUCUUUGUUAACGUAGUAGGCAAUGGGUAUCAUAUUGUAAAUUGUUUUGUGUUUUUGUCAAUAAGUAAAAAUGAAUGUAUUUUGUAUAUAAAUAUUUUUUUGCACACAGUAGGACUAGAAUUGGAGACCAAGAUAUUAAUAAAACUACAUGUUAACAUUA